CUUGAUAUGGGAUGCCCCCUUCAGCUUCUGCCUCUCGGGGGGGAUUAUGUCGUCACGCUGGGCCCCGAGGCCAUUAUAAAUGCCCCCUAUGGCCCCUUUGUGGUCCGUCAGACCAGCUCUACUAGGUGUUGACAGGAUAUGCUCCGUAACCUCUUCUGUGUCACUCAUCUAGAAUUAGCCGUGUAGAUUUAGCCUUUAGCAUCGAUGUUCAGGUCUCUCUGACACAACCCUCCAAACCUUCCGUGCGUGCAAAACACACACACACCUCAUGUUUCUUUAGCAGUCUGGGUGUUGAGCAGGUGAAGAGAAACGACGGUGGCAGAGACGACCUGUGUGUGAGCUACAUGUGUGACCAUUUACUCGCGGCUUCCCACACAGCCUUAGCUAACGGCUAGAUCUAUUAGGUGGACUUUCAUCACUCUGUUCGCCUUCGAUUGAUUUAUUUAUUGUUUGUUUUUUUGUGGCAGCUUCAGAUCGACUAGUUCAGGAUUUUACUUUUUGUACUUGUUAAAAAAGGACACUUAUUUCUUUCCUCAAAGACGCUUCGUUUAGCCAUUUUUGCUAACUGUAAAUAAGCUUUAUUUUAGUUGGAUCUCAUAAAUCACGAUGUGGGAGUUCCGCUCGAUGAUGUUCUGGCGGGCGGUGUUCGCUGAGUUUUUCGGCACCAUGUUCUUCGUCUUCUUUGGGAUGGGCGCAGCUCUACGCUGGACCUCCGGGCCGUACCAUGUCUUCCACACUGCCCUCUGCUUCGGUUUCGCUGCUGCCACAUUCAUCCAAUCCAUCGGCCACAUCAGCGGAGGACACAUCAAUCCGGCCGUCACCUUCGCCUACUUAAUCGGCUCGCAGAUGUCCUUUUUCCGAGCUUUCUUCUACAUCUGCGCUCAGUGCCUGGGGGCCAUGGCGGGAGCCGCGGCCCUGUAUGGAGUUACACCCAACAACAUGAGGGGCACACUGGCACUUAACACGCUGCAGCCUGGCAUGAGUCUCGGCAUGGCGACUACAGUGGAGGUGUUUCUCACCAUGCAGUUGGUGGUUUGUGUUUUCGCCGUCACAGACGAGAGACGAAGCGGCCGUCUGGGUUCUGCUGCUCUGUCUAUUGGCUUCUCUAUCACUAUGGGCCACCUGAUGGGGAUGUACUACACUGGAGCUGGCAUGAACCCGGCUAGAUCUUUCGCUCCUGCUAUCAUCAUGAGGAAUUUCGUCAACCACUGGGUGUACUGGGUGGGACCCAUGAUUGGUGGUGCUAUGGGUGCCAUCCUGUAUGAUUUCAUGUUGUUUCCCCGUAUGCGGGGUCUCUCUGAGCGGCUAGCCACCCUCAAGGGCACCCGAUCCCCAGAGACUGAGAACCAGCAGGACACCCGCGGGGAGCCCAUCGAGCUGAAGACUCAAACCCUAUAAACCUGCUAAGAACCUGUGGACCGAAAUCUGGCUCUACCUCACUGGACCAUCUCGCUAUAAAAUCCUGCGCUGGGGGUCGCAUAUCCAUGCUAAAAUCUUUAAGGGAGAUGAAUUGAGUAGACUAUUUUGUUUAGUAUUCUAGGUUUGUUGCUG